GCGUUCCAGCCUGCAUCUCCUGCCCGGCUCUGGUGGCCAAGGGAUGGCCGGCGUAGCCCCAGAGGUGAGGACACGGCGUGUUUGGAGGAACAGAGUCCAGCCAAGGACUGCAGCCAGGAAGGCAGGAGCUCCAUGUUCCUGAUUUACAGCUUCGCAGCAUCAAAGGAGGAGAAGGCAGUUAAGAAGUCAAAGCUGCUCAUAGAAACAGAGCUCUGCCAGGCCUUUUUUCUUGGAUUUUAGUACUGGAAAACUUCUCUAAUGACAACUUUGCUUAGGAGCUGAGCAUCGUCAUCUGCCCUGCUCCUCCCUGCUUGGUGUGAGAACGGCCUGAAGGACGUCUUGGAGCCACCUGUACUGCUUCAUGCAGUUAAAGUAAGGUUAAAUGUUUUGGCAGCUCUUUCAGUGUUCUGAGGUCAUGAAACUUAAUCCACAGCAAGCUCCAUUAUAUGGUGACUCGGUUAUUACGGUGCAGCUGACUGAGGAAGACAAAGUUGAAGAUGAUGUAGUUUUUUACUUGGUCUUCACUGGGUCAACUGUCCAACACUGCACAAGCACGAGAAAGAUCAAUCCUGGGAGCCUGGAGACAAUUUCUCCUGGCCAUGACUGCUGUGAGACAGUGAAGGUGGCACUUUGUGCCUCUAGAGAAGGUCAUCCUGUUCUGGUUGUGGCAGAAGAGAGUUUCCAGUUUGUCCAGGAUGAAGCCUACGAUGCUGCCCAGUUUCUGGCCACCUGCGCUGGCAACCAGCAGGCACUAAAUUUCACCCGGUUCUUGGACAGGUCGAGACCACCUGCUGCCGACGUGGACUUUUUGGAUGAAAAAGUGGCUUUGGCGUUUCGACACCUGAAACUGCCGGCAGAAUGGAACGUGCUGGGAGCGGACCAGUCCCUGACCGAGAACAUCCCUCGGGAAACACUGAUGCAUUUUGCGGUGAGGCUGGGCCUGCUGCGGCUGACAUGGUUCCUGCUCCAGCAGCCGGGAGGAAGAGGAGCUCUCAGCAUCCACAACAACGAAGGGGCAACACCCGUGAGCUUGGCCUUGGAGAGGGGCUACCAGAAGCUGCACCAGCUUUUGACAGAAUUUGGAGUUUUUUGGUUAAACGGAAUAAUGGCUCUCUCGUGAAAAUGGAAUGCGCAAAUUCAUCGUAUAAGCUAG